GAAAAGGCGAUAGAAAUCAGUCGAUUGAGCAGCUUAGUCACGGCAACAACUGCAGCGCACUAUUCGUCCCCUAUCUGCAUUCUUCAUCGUAUUUUCAGUUCGCAAUCAUGGUUAACUAUGGCGUCGUUCUGCUGUUGGGUGUUGUAUCAUUGAUGGCUGGGUCGGCCACUGGUGUACCGAUGUCUCCUGGUUAUGGUGGAUACCAAACCGCAACGCCGCCGUCCUACUACACAACAACUAGUUACUACAACGAGGCCUCCAAGUACUACGCCACCAAGGCUCCAGAGUAUUACACCACAACUUAUGCUGCCCCGAGCUACUACACCAAAGCGCCCGAGUACUAUACCGAGGCCCCUAAGUACUACACGACUACGUAUGGUGCCCCAUCUUACUACACCGAGGCUCCCAAGUAUUACUCUGCUCCUAGCUACUACACCGAGGCUUCAACUUAUUCCACCACCAAAGCGGCUGUAAAAUACACCGAAGCGCCCAAGUACUAUACUACAACCUACGCUGCUCCAGAUUACUACACCGAGGCUCCCAAGUACUACACCACCAAGGCAUCGGAGUACUACACUACUACGUACACUGCCCCAGCUUACUACACCGAAGCACCCAAGUACUAUUCUGCCCCAAGCUACACAACUGAGGCGGCCAAGUAUUACGCAGCCCCGACUUACUACACAGCGGCUGCUCCUUCGUACUACGUUGAACCGAAAUACUACACCGAGUCUCCAGUUUACUACACUACAACCUACGCUACACCUAGCUACUUCACCAAACCUAAGUACUACACCGAAAAGGCCGAAUAUUACACUACCACUUACGCUGCCCCAGUUUACUACACCGAGGAACCCAAGUAUUACUCUGCUCCAAGCUACUACCAAACCGAGGCUCCGGUUUACUACACCACCCAGACCUCGGAGUAUUACACUACAACCUACGCUGCCCCCAGGUACUACACUGAGUCUGCUAAGUACUACACCACCAAGGCACCCGAGUAUUACACCACUACUUACGCUGCUCCAACCUACUACACCGAUGCUCCGAAGUAUUACUCUUCCCCGAGUUACUACACCACUAAGGCACCUGAAUAUUACACCACAACCUACGCUUCCCCAACUUACUACAAGGAUGCUCCUAAAUACUAGAGCUGAAAUUCUGUUUUAUUUAAUUAUGCUUAAAUUUGGUGGUUAUGUCUUCAUGGUUACUAGUCACUGGGUUUUGAUCGUUGAUCUUUUGAGAAAAUAAAUGUUUUAAUGCGGGAAA